AUGCCGCCCAAGAAGGCUGACCAGCCUAAGAAGAAGCCCAAGACGGUGGAUGAUAAGAAAAAAGGUGGUGCCGCCAAGAAACAGAUUCAACAACUGCAAGCACAAGCUGCCCACGGCGGUAAUGCCGAACAAAAGCGCAAAGAGGCCGAAAAGGCAAGGCUAAAGGCCGAGAAGGAGGCCGCAGAAGCAGCCAAGAGGGAAGCCGCCGAACUUUUCAAGCCCGUCCAGGUCCAGAAGGUGCCUUUUGGUGUCGACCCCAAGACCAUUCUGUGUCAGUUCCACAAGAAGGGCGGUUGUGAGAAGGGCCGCAAGUGUAAAUUCAGUCACGACCUGAACAUCGAGCGCAAGGCUGCCAAGAAGGAUCUGUACACCGAUUCCCGCGAUGCCGAGGAGAAUCCCGAAGACAAGAAGAAGUCCGACACGAUGGAUACGUGGGACGAAGCUAAGCUGCGCAGUGUCGUUCUCAGCAAGCACGGAAAUCCACGUACGACCACAGAGAAGGUCUGCAAGUACUUCAUCGAAGCUGUGGAAAACCAAAAGUAUGGUUGGUUCUGGACUUGUCCAAAUGGGGGUGAUAAAUGCAUGUACAAGCAUAGCUUGCCGCCAGGGUAUCUGGACAGAGUACUUACUGUUUUGUUCAGUUUCGUCCUCAAGACCAAGGAGCAGAAGGCAGCUGAGAAGGCCAUGAUGGACAAGUCACCAUUGAACACCUUAACACUGGAAGACUGGUUAGAAUCCGAGCGACACAAGCUGACCGGUAACCUCACGCCGGUCACUCCGGAGACUUUCGCCAUUUGGAAGAAGGGACGUAUGGAUAAGAAGGCCGCCGAAGCGGAGGCGCAGAAAGCCAAGGAGGCAACCGGUCGAUCCAUGUUCGAGAGUGGCGACUGGAAGGAUGAGAGCAGUGAGGAGGAGGACUCGGAUGACGAUGAUGGAGCAUGGAACCUUGAGGCUCUGCGAAGGGAGACUGAGGGGCUGCGUGAUCAGAAAGAACAGGAGCGAAUGGCCCAGCUCAAUGGCACUGUGGUCCCACCAUCAACGGAUGGAGCAAUCGCGCAAGAAGCUGCGGGCUGA